AUGGUUACAGAUUUUUUUUUCGUCAUCAGCAACCUCACAAAGUUCGGCAACUUCCACUUCAGCGAUUUCGACAUCAGCGACAACAACUACAGCACCAUCCUCCCCAACAUCAAAUACUUCAACUACGAAGUCAACAACAGCAACUCUCCUCACAACAACAACGAAAUGAUCGACGACAUCAUCAUCGAUUCCAGCCAUUACUGGUUGGAUGAAAAUCUAGAAUUCUCAGAACCCGUCCCACAAGAACAUGUAGCGACGUCAGAAAAUAUUGACUGCGACUACUUUGAAGAUGAAGAUGAUCCAAUUGUUUAUUACUUCCAGGCGAAACCUGAUGGCGACUGGAAAGAAUGCAAAGAGCAUGAUUAUAACGAUCACGAGCAUAUCUGCGUUUGCAUGAAGCAUUUAAGCGGAUAG